UGAUCAGCUGGAAAAGGCGCACGCGAUGGGCUGUCUGAGGCUGCUCGUCACGUUGCCAGCGAAGCGCUGUAUGAUUUAUUGCCAUCGGUCCAUAUCAACAGUCCACGACCAGAUCCCGUCUGACUAUUCAGACGCUGCGGCGGCGUCCCUCCCCCAGCUGUCAGUGAAGAACCUGGGUACUCACAGCAAGCCACAGACUCUCUCGUUUUUGAUCUGUGUGUGUCGUGUUGGGGUGCAUGAAUGCAGGUCACUAUGCCCUUCGUGCGUCGCAGAUAGGGGUUGCAACGCCGGCAGUGUGGCGCCAGCUGUCGUCCUUGCUCAAGGAGCGAGUCGAGUCCAUGGAUCCAAAGGACUGCCUGCGCGUUCUCAAGGCCUUCGAGGCCUUCCUGCCGGCGCACACCCAAGCAGCCCGGCGCGACUCCCCCCUGGACGAGGAGCUGCUCUUGGCGGUGGGCAAACAGAUCGCCCUGCAGUGCCACCAAAUGAGGGCAGGCGAGAUCGCCGCUGCAGCCUAUGUUUUCUCGGAGCACAGAGCGCUGUAUGCGCCCCUCUACGCUGCCCUAGCCAUCGCCUUCUCCCUCAAGAUCGCCUCGGCUGCUGCGGCGGAUCUUACGCUUGUGGCACUAGCAUAUGCGCGGCUGUAUCUCGCCGAUCAGAACCUUUUUGGUCGGUGAAGUAAACACAGGCGAUUGAAUGUGCUGUAAUUAUCGGGGGUCUCUCCAUGUAUCAGGUCGUUUGGCGGCGGCAUCGGUGGUGCUAUUGGGCACCUUCAAGACGCACGAGCUGGCCUCGCUGCUCAUGUCAUUCGGCCUCGUGGGUAUCAGACACGAUGUGCUUUUCAUCAAGGCGGCAGACACUGUCACGCAAAAGUUGCCACGUAAGCCGCCCACGAAUCCCCACCAGGCAAUGCAAACAGUUCGUGUGCUGUGGUGGUGUUGGAAUCAGAGUUCAGUGCAGAGGAGUUGGCCCUCAUUGCGUUUGCCUAUGCCCGGUUCCACCUGAUUGUGCCGGGGCUGGUGCACCGCCUGAGGAGCCAUCUUCCACAUCGAGCUGAACAGCUGAGUGGCACCCAGGUUGCAGAGCUCGCGAUCUCCUGCGCGCGGCUAGGCAUAACGCACGAAAAACUGACGGUGCGUGAGGAUGAUACAAAAAGGAGAGUGACCAUAUGAUGACCAUAUCAGGAGUGAUUGAUGCCUUGUCUGAUGCUGUCAGUCGCUGUAUUGUGACAAGAUUGACUUCGGGUCUCUCGGCUGGCCCCUGUUUGCAAAGUGCGCAGCGGCCCUCGGCAGUCUCGAGGUCACACAUGCACUGACGUGGCAUACAAUCGCCAGGGAGACGCUCAGGCGCUUAGAAGACGGUGGCAACCGCGAGAACACACCCGGUCCUCCGGGGGACUCCCCGUGGCGGCUGGCUGAUCGAACGAUGCCUCUCGAAGACGGCUCAUCGGCGCUGUCUACUAUAGACGGCCCCCCUCUGGGAUGCCUCGUAGACAUUUUUGCUGCUUUCGGCGACCUUAUGGGCUGUGUCAAAACAGCAGCGGAGCUCUCCUCUCUGGUGCCUGAUGUACUGAAAGAAGUGGGGCCACUGGUGGCAGACGGCGGUGAUGCACUGGACGGGCAGCAAGUGAUGCGGCUGUUCCGCUCGAUGAGGCGGCUCCCGCAAAGAUGGACACGGUCGCAUGAUCUCGAUCCGCGGGUGUCGAAUGUGGAGAAUGUGGGUGGGCUGGAAGGGCUGCAGCGAGUGCUGAUCGGCAGAGUGCUGACGCUGCUUGACCGGGAGCAGAUGCGGGCAGACGAAGUUCUGUCAACGGCUUACUCAAUGGUGGGGGAACGAUGCACCGGAUAUCACAGAACGAGCGGCUUGCACCUGUUUUCGUGUGGGUCUUCAGAUUUGUCUGUACCCACAUUCGUACCACGUAGAGGAGCGCAUCAAAACUCGCGAGGCAUCGUCAUUCCCUUCACUUGAGGGAUUCCUUACGCCCGUGUGCUGCGGAGUCUCUGAGCUGCUGGACGACGACAGACAACUGAGGGAGCGACAUCCACAGCUGUGGGAGAGCCUCGAUAACAAACAGCAACAGGUCAAAGCGAGAUAUGACGGAAUCGACGAUCUCUUUCCGUGCUCACUUCGCCUAUGUUUGCCUCUCUGUCAGGUGGUUCAGCAGUUCAUGAGUCGCCAUUUUCCCAGGCUGCCACUCUGGACCAUCCCACGGCCGAUCGCCAUCCAGCCCAAAGAUGUACCCGACGCUGUCACCUCACCGCCACGCAAUGAAACUCAGACGCCCAGUCCCACAAGACAUGAGGACGAACAUUUCUUCCGCGUUCCAUCGAUGCCCUCUACUGAUCGCGAUGCCCCGCCCGAGCCCCCGGUGCCUCCCUGUCAGCGAGUGGAUCUGACUUACUCUCUUCCGCAAUCGCUCGUUGCCGAGCUGGGCACGGUGCUGAGUGGCAUGGGGGUGGCGCACCAGAGGCACUACACAGAAGGGCCGUACGUGGUACCUGUUGUUGAGGCCGACCGCCCCGUGGCAUACGUCUUUCUCUCCCAGGAAGACCACAUUCACGUGUCGGGUGAUGGUGCGACUGCUUCGUACGACUUGCGGUGCGAGAAGCAAGUUGAGAUGCGGUUCUUGGGUUGGGCUGGGUGGAGGAUAGCGAGCCUGCCAUUCUUUGUGUGGCGAGGGCUGCGGGGAAUGCAUGCAAAGGCACAGUGGAUUAGGGAGAAGCGGGAAGAGAUGAUUAGUGAGCUGGACAGUGAAGAAAGAGACUCGGAAAGAUGAACAAAACCCCUCACACUUGCAAG